AGCUCAGCUUUCCAUCCCAAACUAUCCCGACUAUCGAUAUCAGCAUGUUCUCUCGUGUCCCUCUCGUUCUCCUCUAUGUCUUGUUCGCGCUCACCGCCCUUGUAGCCUCCACUCCUACUACUACAGUAACAGUGACUGCUCCAGCCACGACCGCCACCCAGCCCGCCAGUCAAUGCAAUACUGGUCCAGUUCAAUGCUGCGACUCCGUUCAAGCGGUAGGGUUCGCUCCCGCAGUCACCACCCUCCUUGGCUUGUUGGGCAUCGUGCUCUCUAGCGUCGACGUUCUCGUCGGUUUGACCUGCAGUCCUCUCAGUGUGGUCGGCGUCGGCUCUGGCGCUACUUGCAGCGCUGAGCCCGUCUGCUGCGAGGACAACAGCUUCAACGGUUUGAUCUCCCUUGGUUGUUCGCCCGUCAACUUGAACCUCUGA